AUGUCACUAAUCAAAGAUACAGAUGAGAAACUACAAGUCACUUUCAAAGACAUAUACGACGACAACGAGGACAGCAAAUUCUUCAAAGGCGAUCUGCGAUUUGUUCCCUCGGGCGAUAGGGAACUGUCCUCCUGGUUAACCAUAGUCACACACCUAGACGAGCACCAAUAUCACGGCACGAUCUACACCGACGUGGUGUAUAUAGCCGAUCCGAGCAUGCGGCUGACUAUAAGGAUAAAAGCGAUGGUGACAGGGCUUAACUUCGGAUCGUGCAGCGCCGAAUACACGGGAGGUGAACAAGAAACUCUGCACCUCGGACAUGGUGGAUCUGUCGACGAAACCAGCUAUGCAAUACAGCACCAACGCCUGAAUGACAUACGCAAGGCAUGUUCGAGCUUGGCACGCGGAUCGUCGACUUCACCACACAAGUAUCCUGCGUUAAGCAGCUCCUGGGGAAAGAUGAUUCUUGUGCUUUCCCGCCGAGCCAACAAGUCCAGAAAGCCUGUCAGGGUGGAGAUUCUGACCGGCGACACGCUGGUUGAAGCAGACACAGAUGCCAUCGAGAUCGGAGAUAUUGUGGACGUACCGGUUUGGAUGGAUGUGUGGAACGGCCCCGCCGACUUGAAUGUUGAUCCUUGGACGCUCACAAGCUUCGACAGGUUGGUCAUAGUGGAAAAGAAGACGAAGACGGGGGGUGGCAAGGAGUUGAUUGGCACGUAA